CAUACAGACGCACCUACAGACAUGCAUCUAUACUUCUACCUACCUCCACUACUUACCUACCUCUCCUACUUACCCUCCUACUUAUCCUCCUCCUACUUACCCUCCUCCUGCACAACUGGUAUCGGCACGUACGCGUACUACACGCCUACCUGUCUUACGUACUCACAUACCCUCUCUCCGUACACUACGUUGGCUGGCUGGUUGGCUGGUGGAAUGCUGCUGUUUAUUCUCUUAUUGUAUGUGUGCGCCGCCCAGCUAGCAGCUACACGCGACGACACCACGACCGGAUGCUUGACGCUUGGUUCUUGACGCACAAACGCCUUCCGCUUAUUGUUCAAACGUGUUCCCACUUUGAGUUUCUGUUUCACAAGAGAGGGGGUGGAACACCUCAAGACUCCCCCCUGCGCAUCUUCGCCUUUGCUGAUAAUGCUGUCGCACCAUGUAGCUUCGUCCCAGACGCUGCCAGACCAUUUCCGCGAUCCACCCAAGUUCUCUCAACGACCAGCUCCGAGACCCAAUACCCACGACAGCGAUGGUGACGAUGAUGUCGAUACUGGCGGGUGGGAAAACACCGUCAGACCUAUAGCCCCCGACUCUUCCACCUCUCGCGCUAUUGCGCACUCUCGCCAAUCCUCCCUCGAAAAGCUCCAGUCGGGCGCUCUCGCCGACAUCCCUGAAUUGCCUCAGUCGCCCACCUCCUUGUCCGCGCCCUCCAGCAUUCGUUUAGCAGCGUCACGCCCCGGCCCUAGUGGCAUACUCGAGCGUCUAGUCGACUCGAAGGCUUCGGCGGCAUACGGGCAUCAUCGACAGACCUCUAUUGUUCAUGGCAUUCAACAUUCGAGGAAUGGAAGCCUUGCGAGUUCAUCCUCGAGUCCUCUCAGCCCGCAGAUAAUUGCGGCUGCCGGCGCUGGACUCCUGCCGGAACAACCAGAAAUGUCCACAAUGAGCCGGAUAGAUUCGGAACUAUCAACAGCCUCUAUGGCGUCUACGGUUCCCCGACCACCAACCGCUUUGUCGGGAACCACAAUCAACGCAUCUAUUCACAGUAUAGAUAGGUCGCAAUCCACUCAGGAUAGUGGCACGGGCAGUGCAACAUCCCACAGGAAGAUCGAGCGCAUGCACAGCAAGACCCGGCGCGACCAUUCGCAUCACCACUCGCAUUCCUCGAGACAUCAUAGAGAUGAGCCGAAAACAGUAGGCGAGUAUGCUAUGCACGUGCUGUUCACGUCGUUCAUUGCUAUGGCCGAAGACAAGCUGGGCGAGUGUCUUACGGUGCCUUUUGACCCCGAGCCGCCGGUCGAACAGAUAUGUGGCCCUGGGGCCGACCCGGCCUUUGACCGUUUUAUUGUGGCCCUAGGGCACAUCGCAAGCCAAAAGCCGAGACCGCUCAUCGAUUCCAUCAUGCUUUGGCGGAAGCACAAGAGCGAAGCGGCUAACGAGGCCCGGAGCCUGUUACACCAAGUGAAGUCCAACCUUCCUGCGACGGCCCUCGUGAGGCGAAAUACCGAGCCCCUCCAAGUAGUCACGGGCGGCUCAGAGGCAUUACCCGGCGUGCCUCAGGCUCUUGCGGACAAGCAGAUUGCGGCAGCUCAUGCUGAACGCCGUUCUAUCGUCUCUAUUUACAUACUUUGCCGUGUACUCCUGGAGGUUAUUAGCCAAAGUAGUCUCAGCUCCAUCACUCCCGAGAUGGAGGACAAACUCGAGGCCAUCAUAUUUGGCCAGCUCAAGAUUGCCGACAUAGAGCAGUUGUAUCUCUCACCUCUUAAACUGGCCAACUGGAAUCUAUUCGCCCAAUUGCUCGGUGUGAUGGGCGAGAUCAACUUUGCCAGCGUCACAGAUCGGUUUAUCGUUGACCUCGACCGCACGCUUCAGGAUCUCACUAUUAGAAGCCCAACAUCCCAGAGCAGAGACCCCGAGGGCCAAGUCGAGCUAGUACUCGGCGGAAUGAAGCACCUACAUAUUAAAAUCGAUACCGACGAAAGUUGGGACCAGGCGUGCGACUUUUUGGUAUCUCUAGGAAGGCUAUUUUCUCGAUCCCACGGCCAGAAGGUGAAGUCCGCGUUUUGCCAGAUCCUGGACAAUCUUCUCAUCCCUAUUGCUGCGAAGGCUACCAACAGACAUUUCGCUCAUCCGAAGUGGGCGGAAGUACUUAGCAAUAUUAGUCCCCGUCUAGCAUCGAUGUUCAUUAAACCGCGCCAUUGGCUAUCCGCAUUUCCUUUAACAGCAACAAUGCUCUGCGUAUCACACCCCGAGAAUUUGAGCAACCAAUGGCUCCAGUUGGUUCGAACGCUACAACCGAGGCUCAAAGACCGCUCAAUGCGUCCUCUGUGUUUGCAGGUCAUCUCGAGGCUCGUUUGGGCGUAUCUAUACCGAACUACGGACAACUUAGCCGGGGCCACACGAAAGCUGGACGAAGUGAUGCAACUUAUAUUGCCUGCCUCUAAGCGUACUUUCUCCGUGGCGGAUACGGCUCCUACCGGACCCCUGGUGCAGGUUAUAAGAAUCAUCGGCUUCAAACAUCCCGAGUAUUGUUGCAAGAACAUCAUAUUCCCCUUAAUCAACGCCGAACUCUUCAGCUUGAAUAAGGAGCUCAAGGUGGAGCAACUAGAGCCUGAUAGAAUGGUGAUCGGGAUCAGAGCGUUCCUGGCCAUCAUGUCAGACCUCGAAAAGGGUGAGAGUGGGCGACCCCCAUUCCCGCAACACUACCCUUCUGCGUAUUCCCCCGAUCGCGCUCCUCCAAGUUCUCCGGCGUCUGCCUCCACCUCCGGCAUCACGUCCACAACCCCCCUGGUGCUCGAUCACGACGAGACCUUGUCACGCCCCGUGCAGCUAGGCGCAUUGAGUGACGGUGCUAAAGAGUAUUACAAGAAAUUUUCGGAGAUACUGGGUAAAAUCACCAUCAUCUGCGACAACACCUUCGGUGGCCAGGCUGCACUUGAUGAAAAGUUCAGUAGUCCGGGAGGGGGGCCCAAAACACCAAUCGCCGAGACAUUCAACUUUUCAAGACGUGACGAUCACCCCAGCCCGGCUGAUCAGAAGCAGUCUUUCUACGAACUACUCCAUGUUGCUGUCCAAGCGCUGCCUCGGUGCCUCUCUACCGACAUCCCGUUCAACUCCCUCAUCAACCUCCUUUGCACAGGCACUGCGCAUGUCCAAUCCAACAUCGCCGAAUCCUCCGCCCAGUCUCUUAAGUCAAUCGCUCGGCAGUCGUAUGCACAUCAGGUCACGGUCAGGUUUGCCCAAUUCAUAUUCAAUUUUGAUGACCGUUACUCUACAAUGUCAGAUGGGGGCAUGCUAGGUCCCGGCCAUAUCGAGAGCACUCUGAGGCUUUACGUCGAACUGCUGCAUAUAUGGAGAGACGAGAUUAGGAAGAAAACUAGGGACGCCACAUCCGAUACCACAGACCUCAAUGGUGCCGAAAAACGGGGCAUAAAGUUAGAUCUGUCUAGCAUUUGGGCGGAGGUCGAGCACGUCGAGGCUCGCGGCUUGUUCUUCUUGUGCUCGCAGUCUCGCAGGGUGCGGCAUUUCGCGAUUACCGUCCUGCGGUUGAUCAUCGAAUUCGACACCGCCCUGGGUAAGGACAACCCGCAGGAGAAGGAUACCGUCCGCCUCAUCGACAUCCUGGAGAACGACUCAGUGCAAGUAAUGAACUUCCAGGAUGAGCAUCUAUCUGUAGCGGAACGAAGUAGACUCCAGAGGGGUAUGCAGAACAGCAAUAACAGGGGGGCUCUGAUUGAACUUUGUACGAGCGACGUCUCGUACGACACAACUCUGUGGUUCAAGAUCUUCCCUAAUUUCAUACGGAUUGCCUAUGACCGAUGUCCCUUCACCGUUACUAUCGGACGGGAUUUGGUUUGCAACCGAAUUUUACAAAUGUAUCAAGGCAUUGUAGUUUUGUCGGAGCCGACUCGGGGGCUCUAUUACGGAUCUAACCCCGGCGGCGCUCAAUACACGGGCAGGGCACCGACGACAGAGCCCGAUGUGCUUGUUGAGCAGUGGAAGUUAUAUCUUGCUUUCGCGUGCACAACAUUGAACGACUCGGGCGCCGCUAUAAGUGGCGCGUCCAGAGGAAGCCAACACUCGCGAAACGUAUCCAAAUCUGCUGCUGACAAAAUUGUGUCGGCGCGGACGCUCUUCAAAUUCUUAAUACCACUGCUUUUAGCCUCUUCGGCCUCCGUUCGGGAGGCUGUUGUGCUCGCUAUGGGCUCUAUUAACAUCAACAUUUAUCGAACGCUGCUAGAGGAACUGCAGGGGCAGGUAUCUCGUUGCAACGACGAAGCUCGUGCCCGGAUUCACCAACGAUCAAAUAGCGGUCCGCGUAGAAACCGGAAAAUGGAUUUGCUUCGGACAGAGCUUACGUGUGUGUACAAAUUAACUUGCCAUUUUCUUAAGGAGCCGGAUGUAUACCAAGAUGACUGGAUCCUCAGCAAUCUCUGCGCGUACACGAGGGACCUGAAGCUUUUCCUCAUGGACGGCGAUGUUCAAAUGGACUGGGAGUUUCAGAAGCUGAGACGGCAUUACUGCGGUCUGGUGGAAGGGCUCUUCGAGGGUAUCAAUCGCACAAAGGAUCCGUCUCGUUGGAUGACAUUCGAGUCUCGGAAGUCUUCCUUUACCCUGAUGGAGGAUUGGUGUGGCUUCUCGCCGAAUCAGAUGCAAAUUCGUCAGAGAGAAGACACAAUGCGACAAUCGCUAAUCGACCAGCAAUCUCUAGGCGAACGCGGCACCAUAACUGCCGCUAUGGAGAUAGAGAAGAGGAACCUGAAGACAGCGGCCCUUAGCGCCAUGGCAGCUUUGUGCGCUGGCCCUGUGAGCGUAAUUACGGAAAGUGGUGUUACACUUCAGUUCGAUAUGAGGAGGAUGCUGGCCUGGGUCGAAUCCAUCUUCAGUUCCGGGAGCGACCGGGUCAAUGUAAUCGGCAGAAGGGCUCUCAAGAAUCUGAUUGUUUACAAUCAGGAUCACCCUUAUCUCCUAGAGCAUUGUAUAGCACGAUGCUAUUUAACGGAGGUGCCAAAGGUGCUCGAAAGCUAUUUCACGGUGAUUACCGAGGUACUGCUAGAGCACGUUGGUCAUAUCUUGCCAUUCUGGAAGCUACUGGGAAUGUGCUUGUUCACCUUAGGGAAUGACCAGAGCGACAUCCGCUCCAAGUCGGCUCAGGUCCUCCGGGCCCUAGAGGAGAGGCAGCAGGUUGCUCGAAGUUCCAAGAUUCGAGACUUCGAGAUCAGCAUCGCGGAUAAGACCAAGGCUGUCUACAAGCUAGCCCAGUUCGAGAUUUCCAAACGGCUCGCGAAGCAGCACCCAGAGCUAGCGUUCCACGUCUUUUCCGAAGUAACAUAUUAUUUCAAAAACCUCUCACCGGCGUCGCAACGAAACGUAGUCGCUGUUAUUCUACCCUGGAUCCAGACAAUCGAGUUGAAGGUCGACCCAAACGGGGGACCUACGGCACAGUCCUACGUGCUUCUCGCCAACCUGCUCGAAGUCACCAUCAAGUCUAGCGCCGCACUCCAUAAUGAAGUCCAAGCCCUAUGGCAAGCUCUCGCAACUGGUCCCCACCCCGGGAAUGUCCGCCUUGUCCUCGACUUUAUUAUAUCCCUCUGUUUAGAGCGGAGGGAGCAAAACUUUGUGGAGUACGCCAAACAAAUUGUGGUGUUUUUGUCGAGUACUCCUAGCACGCCCGGCAUCAAGGUGGUCGAAUUUCUGCUGAUGCAGAUCAACCCGAAGGCCAUGGUCCCUAAUGAGAAGAGGGAGAUUGUGCCACCACCCCCGGACAUCAUCAGCCUGCCUUAUUGCGCCGAUUUAUCAGAAGCAUUACCCGUUGGCACCAAGCAGGCUGGCUUCUCCCUCGGCCAAUUAUCCUUGAUACUACUCGUUGACUUGAUGGUGUCUCCGGUGCAGCUGACGGCUGACAAUCUGCCCGUGCUGCUCCAAGUCGUUGCUGUACUCUGGGAUCACUACACGCCUCUUGUCCAGGAACAAGCUCGUGAAAUGCUGGUGCACCUCAUCCACGAGUUGGUUGUUUCAAAAAUGGACGAUGCUACCCCAGCGGGGACCAAAAAGUCGAUUGAAGACUUGAUCGAUGCAAUCCGACGCCACGACCGUACAGUAGUCUGGAGCUACGAAGAGAGCAACGGGAGAGUUGACGGCCGCGACAAUAAGGUCCCGCAGAGCAUGGAGUACCUUAGCGCAGAGGUUGUCAAGACUUUUGAGGUGACCUUCCCCGGCAUCAAGGAACAAUGGAGUCGCCUAUCCCUGACUUGGGCAACUUCUUGUCCAGUCAGACACCUAGCAUGCCGUUCGUUCCAGAUCUUCCGCUGUAUACUUACUUCGCUCGAUCAGUUGAUGCUAGGCGACAUGCUUGCACGAUUGUCCAACACCAUUGCGGACGAAGACACCGAGAUCCAAACUUUCUCUAUGGAAAUCCUGACUACUUUGAAAACUCUCAUUUCGAAACUCGACCCCGAGAAAUUGCUGUCUUUCCCUCAGUUAUUCUGGACGAUGUGUGCGUGCUUAGAUUCGAUCAAUGAGAUCGAGUUUCUAGAAGCAAUAGAGAUGCUCGACGAGUUUCUGGAGAAGCUGGAUUUUCACUCUUCAAGUAUCCGCAAGGUGCUCAUGGACGGCCAGCCCCCAAGGUGGGAGGGUACGUUCGAAGGUGUCCAACCACUACUCUACAAAGGUCUUAGGUCGUCAGUUUGCCUCCAGCCCACGCUCGACAUCCUAAAUAAGAUUGUCAGACUGCCAAACAGUAGCCUUACCGGCGAUAAUAACCGACUGUUCUUUUCCAUUCUCGCCAACUUCCCACGUUUUCUACAGGCACUAGAGCAAGACACUAUCGACGGGGAUACCUUAAAAACCGCGAAGAUACUUUUCUCAGUCGCGGAGGCCCAAAGGUUGCCGUUGAUAUGCGAUACUCUCGGUGCUUUUGUUGAUUUGCGGUACCUGUCGGGCAAAGACCUUAUGCGUGAGCUUCUUGCCGCACUUCGUGAAUACUACCUACCGCAGCUCGACUUCAAAUUGCUCACCAUGCUAUUGGGGUUCUUAACCAAUGACAUAUCUUCAGUGAAGAUCAUGACGAUGCGGCUUCUCAGUGCUGUGAUCCCCAGUAUUGAAAUGCGCAAACCCGAAAUCGCUGGGCACGGCUCCGACUUGAUCUCCCCGCUCUUCCGGCUUUUACAAACCGAAUUCUGCAUGGAGGCCCUAGAGGUUCUCGACAAUAUCAUGACUAUGUCCGGGACUCCGAUGGACAAACACUACGUCCGGAUGAGCAUGACUAGCGCAUCAUCGAAAGAGAAGAAAGAUUACGAGCUGACGCAGAGCCUAUUUGGUAUCCCGGAAGAUUCUGGAUGGUCAAUUCCGGUUCCAGCAAAGAAGACCGAGAUAACACGAGCGAAUAUCCACGCUGCAUUCUACAUGUGCCAAGCGAACCCGGAGGAUGGAAUCCCCACCGACCCAACGCCAACACCAGAGGUCGAGUUCCACACGGACGACUACCGCUAUGGUUACUUCGAGAUGCCGGAUAGGACGGAAACCAUGAUGUCAGACGAGGCCCAAGCCGAAAGCCAAAUGGCGGACCUGGUGACAAAACUCGAUAGCCUGGAUGAUUUCUUCGACGGCAUGUCGCAGACAUCGCCGAGCGAGGGCCGCUCGUCUAGGACCGUGACAGAAUUCGCCCCCGAAAGCUACGAAUCCGGGGCCCGGCUUUACGACGACGUACUGCCGAUCCUCCACCAGGCUUCGAGCAACACUUCGUUUCAGAACGGGUUCAUUGACCGUCUACCAACAUCGAAAGAAGGCAAGACAAAUGCUAUGAACCCAGGGGCGUUUAAUCCCGACCCAACGGCCAGACCAGGGUUACACUCGCGUUCCAUUACCUCCCCGUCAGCUCCGGCCUCUUGGAGCCAGCCGCAACUGAGCGAACUCACCUCUGACGACGAAUUGACCGAGGACGUCUUCUCCGAUGGCGACGAUGAACGACAGCCGAACGAGGUACUGGAGAACUCUUUUUUCCUGGAGAACAUGAUCAAGCCCAUUGCGCAGACGACUAGGACUCACAUGCGCCGACUCACCGGUAGCAGAUCCCGCGACGCCGAGAGACAGCGGGAGCUCUUCCGGGCAAAGAUGUCUCCGUCGGUACCCAAGGUGCCUCAUUCGUUCUUACCACACAAAGCGAAUCCGUCGUUGGGGGAUAUGAUGUGAAUGUUAUAACGGGAUACAGCGAGCAUGAGCAUAAUACGAGGGGAUGGGGGUGCACCAAUCUAAGAGUACCGAUAUGGUAGGAGAAUACGCCGGA